AAACAAACAGGUAGCACCAGUAAACCCCUUGUGGUCUUGGUAGCCUUGUCCCCGCGCUGCCCUGCUUGCAAUCGUUGGAGACUUUCUACAAACCUUGAGCCCCAAGCUUACAUAUUUGUUACAUCUAGCGUAAAUAAUGAUGAUGGCACAACCCAUGCGCAGCACGCUACGGCCUGGCCAGCGACGCGCAGCUGCAGGACCUGUGGCGCGCCAGCCGCUGCCGGUGACGUUUCGGCGCACGCUGCACCUCAACGCUGCCACAGAGGAUCCACAGGGAACCUCGUCUUCCAGCUCAACGCCAUCAACCAACGCCCCGUCAUCGCCAUCCGCGCCGGACACGGCGCCGGCCCCAAGCGGCGGCACCCCGGGCCAGGGCCCCAACGGAGAGAACUUCCAGUUUGCAGUGGACAAUGAGGGCAACGUGAAGUUCCCCAAGGACGUGAUCGACAAGCUCAAGACGCAAGUGUUCGGCUUUGACACGUUUUGGGUGACGAGUGUGGACAACUAUGGCCACGACGGGGCAGUGUUCAAGGGCAAUGUGCGCGGUCGCGACCCGGCCGUCAGCUACCAGAAGAUGAGGGACAGGCUGCAGACGGCCUUCAACGGCGCCUAUGAGCUGUUCCUUCUGGAGGACAAGGAGGAGAAGCCCACCGUGGUGGUCAUGCCGCAGGGUCGUGGCCUGGACACGCAAAUCAGCCGCUUCACCGAGAUCUGGCUGGCUGCGCUGUUCGCUCUGGCCACCGGCGUCACCACCUUCAACUCGGCGGGCGUGCCGCUGCUCGAGUUUUUCAUUGCGCCCUUCUCCACCAUCGUCACGCAGCAGGACUUCGUCGAUGCGCUGCCAGGCGUGCUCGCAUUCUUCUUCGCGCUAGGCUCCCACGACUUCGGCCACUACCAGGCCGCCAAGCGCCAGGGCCUGGAGCUGUAUCUGCCCUUCUACAUCCCCGCCGGCUUCGGACUGCUGGGCAGCUUUGGCAGCAUCACCCGGGUGCGCAACUUCGUGCCCAACCGCGAGGCGCUGUUGGACCUGGCCGUCAGCGGGCCGCUGCUGGGGACCGCUGUGUCGGGCUCCAUGCUGCUGCUAGGCUUCCUGCUGACCGCCGCCGGCUUGACCAACAUUGGCGUGGACACCCCGGCGUUUGCUGACAGCACACUGGUGGCGCUGCUGGCCGGUGUGUUCGUGGGGCCGGACGGCCUCUCACAGCCCGUCACAGAGGUGAACUUCCUAGUGCUGGCGGGCUGGGCCGGCCUGAUCGCCAACGCGCUGCAGCUCAUCCCCGCCGGCGAGCUCGACGGAGCCAAGAUGGUGCUGGGCUGCUGGGGCCGCCGCGCAGGCAGCGCCGUGUCGGUGUUCACCACCGGCGCCCUGGGCUUCAGCGCCAUCACUGGCAAUGCGCUGUCCUUCUACUGGGUGCUGCUGGUGCUGUUCCUGCAGCGGGGGCCCAUCACGCCCUGCUUCGAAGAGCUGUCAGCGCCGAAGAACGAGAGCAACCGCAAGGCAGCGCUAGCGCUGCUGGUGUUCUCGCUGGUGGUGUUGGUGCCCUUCCCCAUCGAGGUGGCCUAUGCCAUUCUGCAGCUGCAGCAGCCGGGCUUCAUCGUGCCGCAGUCCUUCCCCACGGACCUGCUGGGGCCUUAAGCAGCUAGGGCUACUUGAGGGCUACUGAAGAGCUACAAGAGGGCUACUGUGGAGCUGCAGGGCGCUAACGGCCAUGAGAGUUGGGGCGAGCAUAAGGGAUGGUGAGUAGAAGCUUGCAUGUGAAGUGUUGUGAGUUGGUGGAGUGCUGAGCUUUGAUGGUGGGUACACAGGUGCCGGACAGGGUGCAUGGGCUUGAAUGUGGAAUGAGUGUGUGGCAUUAUGUCCGCUUCGUGGAUUCUUCGGUCGUCCGCAGGCAGUGGCACACAGAGCGUGCUGGUUCAGUGAGAUGGUCAGUGAGUAACUCUGCUGGAUGUGAAUCGCAUACCAGGUUACCGUACAUGUGCACCGUGACGUGUGUAUGAAACAGACCAUCAACAUGAUGUGAAGGCUGAGAUAAGGGGCCGGGAGUGCGUCUGCGGCGCAGUGCAGUGAGAGUGGCAACUAGCGAGGCCAAGUUUGACGGGUGUUUCGAGUGCUGAUGUUUAAGAAGGGAAACUCAAGGCGUUAACCCGGGAGAUGCAGAGCGUUGCGGGGGGGGGGGGGGGUACGCAAUGGGCAUGGAUGGCAAGGUGGCGGGUUGCUGGGCCGCGUGGCACAUCAGCAGUAGUCAGCGGCGUUGGCACGACUUCCAAUUGUUUUCAUACUAACACACAACACUGUAUGCAAGAAUGUUGAACUUUGCAUCGAUGCCUCAGUCUUUCGAUGUCUUAGUCGAGGUGCCCUGACAAUACAAGUAGUUGGGAGUGCAGGAGAAUGACAGGAAUGAGCAUUGAAGAAGUUCUUAGCGCCCGCGCGACUGCGCGGCGCAUGAAAGAGCAGUAUGCGGGCACGCUCGGCGUGCACACAGGCCCUGGACUUCGAAGACUGUAAGUUUUGCAUGGG